AUACUCAAACACAAAUCAUCAAAAACAGAGAGAAAGAACUCAUUAUUAACUUAACUAGAAACCUUUUAAGUUCAAAACAUGAUGAAACAAGCUGUCUACUUCUCUUUCCUCUUUCUCAAUUUCUUUUGCCACAGCAAAGGAGCCACAUUAUUAGCUCACUCUCCAGCCCAAGCUCCAUCAAAACACGUAGCUGUAGCCCCAACUAAAGCUAAGGCCUUAACUCCAACCAAAGCACCAACAUCAUUGCCAGUGCCAGCAGUGGAGCCACCAUCACAAGUGCCACUCGUCCAAGCACCACCUCACAAAGCCCUUCACACACCUACUGAUGUCACCAAAAUCCUCGACAAAGUUGGUAUCUUUAGUGUCUUUAUUCGCCUCCUUAAGAGUACUUCAGUAAGCAUUCAGAUAGAGAAUCAGUUGAAUGUAUCCAACACAUUGACCAUUUUCGCCCCAACAAAUGGGGCCUUUGGUGCUCUGAAACCUGGCACUCUCAACACACUCUCUAAUGAAGACAAAGUCCAGCUUGUCCAAUACCACAUUCUUCCCUCUUUGGUUUCACUACAAAACUUUGAGACUCUUAGCAAUCCUGUACGGACACAAGCUAGUAAUACCAAUGAUUUCCCUCUAAAUGUUACUGUGGAAGGAAGCUCUGUUAACAUAUCUACUGGAAUUGUUAAUGCUACCAUUUCUGGUACUGUUUAUGAGGAUAAUCAACUUGCUAUUUACAAGGUUGAUAAGGUGUUGUUGCCUUUGGGAAUCUUCGGUCCGAAACCGAAGACAAAGCAGCACCUAGCGCCUUCUCCCACACCAUUGAAGCCAUCUAAAGAUACUAAUGUGUCGUUACCUUCUUCCUCUACUGAAGAAUCCAUUAGCUCGGAUGUGGAUGAAGGGGACAAGUCCUCAAAGUCGAAGGCUGAUGUACUUAUGAAUAAUGGUGUUGUAAACAUUGGAGUUGUUAUGAUUGUUGUAAUCACUAUGUGGGGUCAUUUUUAGUUUUAUCUGCAUUUGUUGAAGUAAGGUACUAUUUCUGUUUUCAUGGUUGAGUGUAUUGUUUGAGUUUUGAAAACAUGUUUAUAUUAUGUAAUGAAAUUCUUGAUUUUUUAACAUUAAGAAUGUUUUUGAAAGUAAUUGUGCAAUGUAAUUACUAGAUUGGUAAUUAUACAGUCUAAUAAUUAUACUUUAUUUAAAAAUACAAAAUUAGUUAAAAAUACAAAAUUAGUUUGGAGAGGUGAUAAUUACAUGAAUUCUUAAUAUCUUAUUUGGGAGAAUAGUUAAUAAUUACAUGAAAACAUAAUAUUUUUUAGUA